GCCGGGGCUUGAAGCCAGCCAAACUCGCUCGACUCUCCUGCCGGCUGCAUCUCUCCAUUGCCCGCAUCGGCCGCAUCGCCGUCCAUCCUGCUGCACGGCCGCAACGGCUCUCUUUCCCGAUCCUCUGCAGCCAUGACUCCCGUCUCCAUCGUCUCGCUGCUGUGCGUCCUGUUGGCCAUCCAGGUGCACGCCAAGACGCAGAUGCCCUUGGUUCUCGAUGACCCUCAGGACAACUCUCCUCAAAUGCCCGAAAUCUGGGAGGUCCUUGGCCCUUUCCCAGUUGGCCCGCGAGAACUCGGUGCCGAUCCUCUCAGCGCCUAUGGCGGCUUUGAGAAGCUACCAUACUCGACAACCCAAGGCUAUCCGUCCGAACUGGCGACAGGUGGCUACGUUUACUGGCGGCAGGUCGUUUCGCAUGGCGACACUGUUGGCCCAGUUCUCUACAACAACGUUCGCUGGGACUUUAACGAGGGCCCAUUCGGAUGGACAUCGCUGCAUCACAGCACGUACUUCCGCAGCACCCUGCAUGUCCCCAAAUCGGGCAUCUAUCUCGUCCAGUUUGCGAACGUCAUUUCGUUCAAGAUCGACGAACAUGCGUACGUCGGCAACGUCUAUGGCUACGACCACUCGUCCGAAAACGCCAUCUAUCUGGAAGAGGGCAAUCACAAGCUCUACAUCUGUGCCAUCAUGGACGUGCGAAUCAAUGGAGGCCAUAUACCGCCCCGGGUUGUGUUCACCGGCAGCUUCAUUCCUGCCGAGACUGUAGCGGAGGCAUACCAACACAGCGUUGUCGCCAUCCUCGGAGACUCGAUUGCUCCCGAGGCGAUGAACGGCCAGCUGAUUACCCCGUAUGCGUCCGUGACGAUCCUCAACGCCAACGUUUCGUACCACGGCGGCAACAUGAACUUUGGCUGGGUGCAAAUCGCCGAUGUCGUCGUGACCGACCCGACGCUCCCGCCCGACCAGACUCGAGCGAUCCAGGCUCGGAUUCCGCUGCUGUAUUCGCUGCGUCUUGCUCCUGGCCAGGUGCUACCGAUCCCGAUCGAGCUCAGCGUCAAGGACGACACCGUUCCGCUGCCAAAGAAGCUCGCAGUGACGAUCAAAAUGAUGUGCAUGGACGACUGGGAGUCCUUUGAUGUCAGCGCGGGAGAGCUGGACCUCGUCACGCGAGAGUGGGGCACGCAGGCCUACAAGAUCACUUUCAUGGACUUUGACGACUCUGUCCACUAUGCGAUGGUCAGGCCGCCAGCAAGAUCGUGCGUGAGCGAUGCCACGCAAAAGUGUCCCGUCCUCCUGGCUUUGCACGGGGCCGGUGUCGAGGCCAGUGCCCAGUUUUGGACCAACGCCUAUCGACAGCAGAAAUACGCAUGGACCGUUUUCCCAACUGGAAGAACGCCCUGGGGAUUCGAUUGGCACGGACCAUCGCACCUGAACGUCGAGGCAGCCCUCUGGGCCUUGCGCGAGCUGCCCGGGGUUCCAGUCGACGAGCGCGCUGCCGUCGCUGUCGACAUUGAAAAAAUCGCUUAUUCCGGUCACAGCAACGGCGGCCAAGGAGCCUGGUGGAUGAUCAGCCACUAUCCCGACAAGGCUCUUGCUGGUCUGCCGGCUUCCGGAUACAUGAAAAUACAGAUGUACACGCCUUACUACAUGCGAAUCGGAUGGGCCUACUCUGAUCCGCAAAUACGCGCCGUCCUGGAGUCGUCGAUCGCUGAGAAUGAUAUCGAUCUAUAUGCUGCCAACAUGGCCGGCAUCCCGAUCCAUGCCCGCACAGGUGCCGAAGACGACAAUGUUCCGCCACUGCACACCCGUCGCAUCGUCCGCAUGGUCAACGAAUGGAAUCAAAUGCCCAACUCGAUCGAGUUUUCAGAAAUUCCUGGUCAGGGCCAUUGGUUCGAUGGUGUCGUUGACGAUGACGAGACCCAGCAGUUCCUGGAUCGCCAUAUCGACCUUGACAUCAAUCCUGGCCUUCCCCUGCCCCGCCUUCCGGACGCCUUCACCAUCCAGACUCUCAACCCUGCCAGCACUGGGUCCAAGGGAGGCAUCAGGAUCCUCCAGCUCGAGGUCCCGUUCAGAUUGGGCAUUAUUCGAGUCCAUCGCCACGGAACGCAGUGGAUCUUCAACACCACCAACGUGCGCCGGUUCAUGUUUGUGGAGGACAUCCGAGACGAGCAGCUCCAGAGCUGGUCGAUUGACGGCACCGACUUUGCUCACCCGCCUCAGUUUGGCCGCUCGUAUCUUCGCACCGAGGGAUCGGAAACGUGGGUCCUGUCGGAGGAUUUGAUCUGGCUCAGCGUGGAGCGACAUCCCAGCACAUACGGACCCAUUCACCAAAUCCUCAACCAUCCGUUCCGAAUCGUGAUACCGUCCAACCCGCCGCCCGAAGAGGCCGACAUAUUUCGCAAAGCCGCCCAGCAUCUGGCGGCCUCGUGGUACUUGUUUGGCCGGGGCACGACCCAGAUUGUCCGCGACACCGAAGUUCUGGACGGUCUUGCAGCUCGAUUCAACCUGAUUGUUCUUGGCGGACCCUCGGUCAAUCUCUAUGCCAAGCGGCGCGAAGAUGAGAUCAAGCAAAGCAACCUGGUGCACUUUUUGCCAUCGGGAGGAUUUCAGAUUGCAAACAAAAAGUACGAGCUCCCUGGGACAGGCAUCUUGUUCCUCGCACCAAGCCCCACUCGCGCCCGGAUGGGUGUCUUCAUUGCCGGCACCGACGAGAUUGGGUUCCAUCGUGCGCUGUGGUCGCUGCCAUUCCGAACGGGGCUCACUGUCCCGGACUACCUCGUCGUGGGCGACGAGUACGGCGACCCGUCGACGGGCUGGACGGCCGGCAGCGGCAAUGCCUACGGCGGAGCUGGCACCAAGGGCACCGGCGGUGUCUUUGCGGCGGGGUACUGGAACAACAUGUGGGAGUAUGAUCCUCGAUGUGGAUACCUCAAGUAGCACACACACACACACGCCCAGCCAGAGCAUGGCCGGCCUGCACGCGCGCCACAGACAAGCCACGCGCUGAUCAUGGAAGCACGUGAGCACGCAAUACAUUCCUUUGGCUCCUCGCACA